GGGGUGGCCGCUGCACCGCCCUUCUGUGCUCCUUCGAGCCAUAAAACAAGCGACCCCCCCCCCUGCGACAUGUUGCCUAGUAACAGCUGUCGAUCAUCGUUUAUCAUAGCAACGAAAAAAACUACCACAGCCGCCGACAACGUUCGUUUAAUAGCGGCAUAUCCCGGUUGUAAGAGUAAAUUUGUUUUAUUAUUUUGACCUCGGAAUUAUUUUUUUAAACAAACUUAUAAGUGUGACUUCGUACCGCGAUGGUUGGAAGUUGUGUUCGGGUCGACCCGCCACUGGUUGAGUUCAAGAAUGCGAGAGGCGGGGAGGUUUACGAGACCGUCUUAGCGGUGACGAACAUCGGGAAAAGCGUGAAGAAAAUCGUUUUUACUAAACCUACACUGAAGGUGUUCCAGCUUGAUCCACCAUGUGGAGCUGUCUCUCUGGCCUCUGGCCUGUCGGUUAGCGUCUCUCUGAAGUUCUCGCCGGAGUCUGACGAGGAGAUCAGAGACUGUGUUCAAGUUCACGUUGACGACGAAGAAACCAUCUCUAUCCCACUGUUGGUGCCUCCCAGGGUGUGUUUGCUCUCCAUGGAUUCAUCCAUUGACUUUGGUUGUGUUGCUGCCAGCAGUGAAGUGAUCGUCAAACAUCAUCCUAUAACUAACCAUGGAUCAGCGCCAGGCAUGUUUCGUAUUCAAUGUGACGGCAGAGAUGCUCAGCUCAGCCUUUCACCCCACCGUGGAGUCGUAGCCGCUGGCGCCACCAAGUGGCUGAAAGUGGAACUGAACACCGACAGGCCCAAGCAGAUUUCAGAACAAUUUCUGGUGGAGCUCCAGAACGGACCGGUGGUUGUCCUCAGCAUCAGUGCAGAGGUGGUGGAGCAGCGUCUGGAAGUUUCUGACUUGCAGGGGAGACCUUUGCCUUGCCUGGAGUUUGGAUGUGUCUACUUUGGGACAUCCCAUGUGAAGGAAGCGGUUCUGAGGAACCGCGGCCCAGCGGCUUGUGACUGGGUCUGUCUGCUGCAGGAAACGGCUGCAGGCACUGAGCUGGGAACCGAUCUUCAGAGGAGCACAGACGCCGCCCUGCUGGAGGAAAUGAGGAAGUGCAGCUCAGCCAACGAUGACGUCCGUCAGACCCUGGUCUGCGUGCCGGAUCAGGGUCGGCUCAGUCCAAAUGACAAAACCACAUUAUCUCUGUGCUUCAGCCCCGUCUACAGCAGGAAUGCUGGCCAGAGGGCACGUGACCUUUCCCCCCGCAGACAGGAUUACUGCCUGUUCCUAUUGUUUGACUCCGUGGGGAGGAGACACGGCUUCACUCAUGGUGCUGCUCGCAGCAGCGUGGAGGUGGCCGUGACCGGUUCAGGCCUCCCUGUGCGUCUGGUGCCCAGUCCCUCACACAGAUUCGAUUUCCCCAGCUGUGCGCCCGGCCAGCGUGCGGACGUCCUGUGCGUGCUGCAGAAUCUCUGCCAGCAACUUCCUGUCACCUUCCGUUUCCGGAAAUUGGCUCAGUUCUCCGCAGAACCUUCCGGUGCCACCGUCGGCCCAGGCCAGCGCCUGGAUGUAGUUUUGACCUUUAAGGCCCGUCAGCACGGCAGCUUCUGUGGGCGGCAGAAGCUGGAUGUCCAGGGACGCGUUUCCUCGAGGAACGAAGACCAGGAAGUGGAUCUGAAGCUCUGCAGCUUCCACACCAUCACUCUGCAUCUUUCUGCUACCUGCAAAAUGCAAAGUGCUGGGCUGCAGCGUCCCAUUCACAACUGUGAGCUGGAAGACCAGCAGCUGAAGAGAUGCCAGACAGAGACAAGCAGCAGCAGCAGGGAUGGAGAGAGCGCUCUUCAUCACCACAGCCCAGCGCCCGCCAUCAGAAUGCCGUCUCCUCACAGAGAAACCAGCAGGAGGUCCAUGGGUUCUGGUGUCCCACCCUGUCGGUCUGUGGACAACCAGCACCUUUUGAGUGAGGAAGACUCUGAGCGGCGACGACAGCACCGCCAGACCUACGUGGACUUCAUCAGGCGCCGCCGACAAACACGACUUCAUCAGAUCAAGGAGAGAGAGCAGAAGAGCCUGGAGGACGGCGUGGACAUCGGGAUCGUUCCCUGCCACGGCCUCCUCCCCCCCAAACUUCACCCGGAGGAGAACGAAACCUCCGAGCCGAGGCUGAAGGCCAGCUUGUUGUCAGGAAGCAAACGCAGCUUUUCAUUGGACACAGAGUCCAGACUUCAGCCUUCAGAGAUGACGAAUGCAGUUCCUUCAACCAGUCAGCAGGAGGAGGACUGUAGCAGAACUCUGACCCCUCAGGAGCUCUACCGGGUUAUCGUAGAGCCCCGCCUCCUGGACUUUGGGAGGGUGUGUGUGGAUUCACAGUGUGUUCAGACGCUGACGCUCAUCAAUCUUCUACCAGCUCACGUGUGGCUGAAUCUGGAGGUGGACUGUCCUGAGCUUGGAGGCUCCGCCCCCCUCUCCCACAUCCUUCCUCCGCUCUCCCAUCAGAGCUUCCCUCUGGUGUUUGAGAGCAGCGCUCCGGGCUCCUUCUGCAGACCUCUGACCUACUCUGUGAACCAGAGUCAUCCUGGUCAGAUAGUGGUCCAGGCCCAGGUGAUCCCUCUGUCUCUGGAGCUUUCCACCACCCUGCUGGCGCUCCCCCCGACCCCCACCGUGCUGGCAGCAGCAGGGCACAGGAGCGCCGUGACCCUACGAAACCCGUGCAAUCGAGCCGCCGAGUUCACCUGGCGCCCCAUCGUCACGCAGAACGACUUCCCGUUCUCCGUUCGACCGGCGACAGGAACGGUCCGGCCGCUCAGUGAGUUAGACUGUGAGGUGGUGUGGCGUCCGUCCUUCUCCUCCUCCUCUGAAGGAGACCUGGAGGUCUUUGUGCACGAGGGCAACACGCAACAACUGCACUGUGUCGCCAAGCUGGGAUCCACGUCCGUGCAGCCGGCCCAGGACAGAAUCACGUUUGGAUCCGUGCCGCUCAACGCGCCGUCAGUCAGGAUUGCUGUCCUACACAACAGCGGACAGAACCACGCCUACUACAAGGUUGCAGAGGAGCAUCUCCCAGCAGGCAUGGCGGUGAGUCCGGGUGAAGGAGUCAUACCAAGCAAAGGUCAGGCCGCGCUACAGAUCCGCUACAGUCCAGAACAAGUCGCUCGUUUGGACGCCAGAGUGGAGAUAUCUCUGAGGAACAUGAAGUCUGUGGAGCUCAGGGUGGUGGGAACGGUGGAGCCUCCAAACGUAGACGUGAGCGUGACCCACUUCCAGUUUCACGGCGUUUACGUCGGCUCUCAGCAGAGAAUCCCCUUCAGCCUCACCAACCGCAGUGCGACCACCGCCAGAGUCGCCUUCCAUCUGCCAGACCACAAAGACUUCUUCGUCCAGGUCCCCCCACCCCCACCAAGUACCAGUUCUCACCAACAGCACAGAACAGAUCCAGGCCUGAACGGUGUGGAGAUCCAGGCCGGCCAGACGGAGGAGUGCUCCCUCGUCUUCUCCCCCACCCAGGUGGCCAGCCACGAGUUCCACCUUCAUCUGAAUGUCAAUGGAAUCCACUGGCCACCUUCCUCUCCCACCCCGCCCUCCUCUUCCUCACGGACAGCCAGAGGCAGAAGCCUCAUCAAAGCUCCUUGUCGCUCUGACAGCCUGGAAGCAGCACCGCUGAUACACGCGACAGCUCUGCCCCCCCCUCUGGAAAUGUCUCCCAACGCUUUGGAGUUUCAUCUGGAUCCUCAGUCUCACCUGUCCUCUCAGACGGUUGAGCUGAAAGCGGCGAGCAGAGACGGCGUCUGCUGGAGUUUGAUAGGAUAUCCGGUCUGCUGGUGGUUUGACUGCAGAGUAGCAGCAGGCCUGCUGUCCGUGUCUCCAUCAUCCGGCAGCCUGGAGCCGGACCAGUCCGUCCAUGUGGUGGUGACCGUCCACCCAGAGGUCCUCCCUGCAGGAACUCGAGGAACCAAAGCAUCUAUCCUUCUUUACUUGGGACCACAGCAGGAGGUCAAAGGGCAAUCUCCAUACAGAAGACUGUUGGUCACCGUGACCUUUAACCUCCCGACCAUCAGCCUGCAGCCCCGCAGAGUCCUUGUGGGCCCAGCUCCUCUGAGGAGCAGCGUGGAGACCAGACUCACGCUGAAACUUGACGGAUAUCCCAGUGGGACAAAGGUUUCUGCUGAAGUCGAUGAGGUGGAGCUGGAGGACGGGACGAAGAGUCGGCCUUUCUCUGUCGCCUUUCCUGAAGGAAACACGGUUCCUGCUCAGAACCACAAACAGGAGGCCAGUGCUGCAUCUCUGACCUGCACCGUGACCUUCAGUUCUGCCGUCCGUGUGUGUCUGCGCACAAACAUCACCUUCACCGACCACAUGCACAACAGGUUCAGCUUUGAGGUUUGUGCUGCUGCUGACAACAGUCUGCUGACUCUCUGGCCAUACUUGGCCCUGCAUCACUGGAACCAGCGGGUCGUCGUGAAGAUAGAGGAUCCGACAGUAACGGCGUUUCUUCAGAGCGUCAGCUCCCCGAGUUCAGCGUCCGGACCCUCAGCAUUGUCAUCGUCUUCAUUCCAUCACAGCAGUUCAGCAAACCAGAGUUCAGACGGCGGCGGAUCAACAGAGUCGGUCGGCGGGGACGCCUCCGCCCCACAGUUUGCUGCCGCCGACACAGAGGAGGGGGCGUUUGAGCGGUCCGUGUUGGUGGCUGUGGAGAGGUGGUUCAGCCUGUUUGGAUGGCCGGCGGGGCCACACCCCGUCACCGUGCCGCACACGCUCAGAAGAGUCUCAUUAGACGCUCAAAGCAGCGGCGCUGAUGGAGGAAGUCGCCGUGUCAAUCAAAACAGAGACACGAGGUCUUUCGUGGACAUGCUUCAGCAUCUGAGCGGCAGACAGAUUCCUGGCGUUCCGGUCUGCCGGAGCCUCAGCGACGACGUGGAACGCCGCGUCCAGGAGCUGCUGCGGCGCCACCAAGCCGCUCUGUCCUUCCUCACGGUGCAGGGAGCCUGCCUCUCCCACAUCAGACCGCAGGACCUCCUGGAUGAGCAGGAGUUUGAACACUGGUGCCUCCUGCAGGCAGGAUCCUGGCACCAAGGUCUGGACUGCAGAGGUGCUGAGUAUGAAUCUCUGAGCAGACGCUCGUGGACCGACGUUCUUCUGCAGACCUACAAGGUUCUGGUGCUGCGGCGCGUGUCGGUUGGAUGUCAGACCUCACCUCUGGACCACAGCGAGGCGGCGGGCCUCCUCUUCAGCAGCUACCCGUCUGUGCAGAGCAACGUCUACUCCUCCCAGGAGCUGCUGCUGCUCUUCUGGCUCAACACGCACUACCACCGGAUGAGGGGGUCUCCGUGGGCCGCGGGAGGAACCGCUCACACCCCGGCACGCUGGAUCGUCAACUUUGACCUGGACUUCACGGACGGGCUGGUGCUGGCCUCUCUGCUGGCCGCUCACUGCCCUUACCUGAUCAAAGGCUUCCUGUCCAGGACGUACGCGGAUCCCAGCAGUCUGGAGGAAAUCUUUCACAACAAUCUGCUGGUGGUUCAGGUCCUGAGCAGACUUCACCUCAGCAUGAAUGUUCAGCCCACAGACCUGUGUCAGCCAAACCCGGUGCAGGUGCUGAUGCUCUGCGCUCACCUGUAUGAGGCGCUGCCCCAGUUCCUCCCCAAGGACACCAUCAGUCUGUCCGGGAAUCUGCACGGCACCCUCAGCAAACAGGUGCGUCUGACAAACCCGUCCUCAAAGACCAUCAGGUACCAGGCCUCACUGUUCGGAGAAGACGCUCGGUGGUUUUCCUUUCCUGCCGGGUCAAAGGUCAUCGUUCCCCCAAAAUCGAGUGCAGAGCUGACCGUCCAGUCCAGCUGCCUCUGUUUGCGCCAGAUGCAGGCGGUUCUGGUUCUGAUCUGCAGCUCUGCGUCUGACGUCUGCUCUCUUGCCUUCAGUCUGAGGACCCGGGUCUCUCACAUCUCUCCUACGAGCACGCUGACCUGUGAGUCUCCCUGCUACCAGCUCAGGAGGAUCCGGCUGCCGCUGACCAACAGCUUCCAGACAGAAGCUCAUUUCAGGGUGGUGCUGGUGGAGUCCAGCUUCAACCCGCUGGAGUCUGAAUCCGGCAUAGACAGCAUCGUUCAUCAGGCCACGAGAACAGCAGACGGAACUGCUGAGGGGGGAAUGCAGGAUGGAGCUGAGGGGGACUUCCUGAGUGAAGCCAGAAGUGUUUCUCUGAAAGCCAGUCAGGAAGACUCCCUGAACGUCCUCUACAUGCCCUUUUUCCCAGGAAAAAAACACCUCUGCGUGCUGCUGCUGUGCCCACAGGUGGGAGACAUGGUUCACCUGGUGAAGGCAACUUCACAGCUUCCUCUUCCUUCUCCUCUCUCUGUCAGGACCAGCUCUCCAUUGGCUCUGAGGACUCCUGUUGUGAACCUUCACUGCAGGGUGGGAGACCUUCUCGAGGAGGUUCUGCAGAUCCCUCGCAUCAAUCUGCAGUGGGAACAGGCUCUGGCCGUUUGGGCUCAACACUGCAUGAGUGAAGACGAACAGAGGAGGCGCCAGCUCACGCACACCUUACAGAGCAGCACUGUGAGGACCAGCAUGGCCUUCAUGAAGACCUGCAGACAGUCGCUGUGGAGGCAGAUCUACCAGGAGAAGCAGAUAGAGUACAGAGUGGAGGUCUCUUUGCCCCGAUACUUCGUUCUGCCUUCCUCUGUUUCCAUACCUGUGAAGGAGGAUGCAGAUGCACCAUGGGACGACUCUACAGAUUGUGUGAACGUCCCCCUCCGGUUCAGAGCAGACUCUGUGGGACAGUUUACAUGCCAGAUGGUGAUGGAGUCCUGCUUGGAUACCAGGCUGUACCUGCUGGAGGUGCUGGUGACUGCACAGGGAGGAGUCAGCCACCUGGAGUUCAGCUCACCUGUCCGCCGUUCACUCACUCAGCACAUACCUGUGUACAACGGAACGCAGCAGAACUGGAGAAUGGAGGCUGUCGUGCGCGGUGAAGGCUUCUCCGGCCCAAACCUUUUACACGUCCAGUCAGGAACUCAGGAGUCCUACCCCCUCACAUUCCUGCCUGCUGCUCCGGGCGUCGUCACGGGGAAGCUGUCCCUGCAGGGGGGCUGUGCCGACUCGGAGCGUGUGUUUGCCCUCAGGGGGGUCGGGGGGCCCCCUGUUCCGGAGGACCACGUGGUGCUUCACUGCCCUGUUGGGAGGACCUCCCACACUCAGCUGGACAUCCCCAACCCCAGCAGGACCCCCGUCACUCUGAAGGUGGUGACGGAUUUACCUAUUGUGAGCGGCAAACCCCGCCUGGUGAUUAAACCUGGCGACGUAUCGCCGUACACACUGACUGUGUCGCCAUGGAAACGGGGGAAAGGCUCAGGUUUGUUGUCGUUCCUGGAAGUUUGUGACGGUCUCCAGGUGAAACACAGAAAAGGAGCUUCAGGACCAAACCAUGAAGUCACGUUCUCUCUGGAGGUCAUCUGUGAGCCUGCAGCCCCCCUGAAGGUCGUUCAUGUACAGUGUGUCGUUGAGAGCUUCGCUGUGGUAGAGAUUCCGGUCUGUAAUGGGGGAGGAGAGCCGCUGAUGCUGGAGGUGCUGCUGGAAGGAGACGGUCUGACUGGAGACGGUGGGCUCUGCGUUCCCGCUCUGGAAACCCUCACCUACAAAGUGACCUUCUGUCCCGUCAGGGCGGGAAGGAGCACGGGCAGUGUUGUGUUCCAGUCCGAGCAGAUGAAGGAGUUCUGGUACCAGUUGGACCUCUGUGGUCUCCCUCCUGCAGAUCCACAGGCCUGAGGUCGGAUCAGAAACACUUGACGCAGGUCUGAAACCCGCCAUGAGGAGAAGUUCUCGUUAAAACUGCAGAGACUUUCUCACACAACACGUAACACAAACGAACAAUUGAGAUGUUCCUGUUUUUCUUUCACUUCAUCCAGCUGUCAUCCAUGCAGGUGUAAAAUAAUUGCUGUAGUUACUGCUGCUGCAGCUGUGGGGCAGUGGCUGCCCUGGGAUUGGAAGGUUUCAGCCCUGCCUUCACGUGUUGAUGUGUGUGCCUGCCCUGUGUUAAUGUGACUUAGUGAACUCUUUGUUAGCGCGCACCAUUUACCUCAAAUAAAGGCAUGAAUGGUCCCAUCACACAAACCUCCUGCUCCUGAUUGGUCCUGUGCCGGGUCGCACCGGUCCACUCCGUCACAGAACCACGAUAAAUGAAGGGACCAGCCUCGUUUUACCCUGAAGCAUAGGCUAAAGGACAAAGGUUAUAGGUCACGAUGGUCGGAUAAACAGCUUGAAUGACGUUUCUAGUCAACCGAUGAAUAGUUGGAGUUUCUGUGGAACAGAGGUGGAUGAUACCUGAAAGAUGUUCCACUUCCAACCUUCUCUGUCUGAAUGAAGCAGAGCUGGAACACGUAGAGCUGUGUUGUAUAGAUGUGCGUCUUUCAAAAAGGCGAUCAAAGGAAGACACUAAAGAAUCAAACAGAGAAAGUCAAAAUUCUACAUUUUUAUACAUUUUUUAAAUUGAUAAAAACAUAUUUCCAGAAGAGAGCCACAAACUGGAUGAACAACGUUCUUUUCUAAAUCUCUUCUAACCAUAGAACUGACAUUAUAAUGACUAAAAAAUGAUAACAAAACUUUUCUAAAAGUUUUUUUUGGGGUAAGAAAUUAAAACAUUUACCACAGUAGAUCUGCAGUGGAUUUUUCAGAACAAAUAGUUUUAGUUUUCAGAGAAAUGAAGCUCUUCCUGUCAGAUUGAGUUCUUCUGAGAGAAAAGCCUGUUGGAUGAAUAAAAAAGAAGCAGAAAUCCACACUCUAACAGCGUUUCUAUACCUUCAAUGGACUGAUAAGGAGAUUUAAGGAGACACCUCCCCGAUAUUUAACAGUCAAAGUGAACUUUAACUAUUAGCUCAAAUUUGCAUUACAGAUAAAACUACAAAGAACUUUCUAUCUUUCCUUAAUGGACGGAUUGCUGAAGCUGAAAUUUGACUAUGAAUACUUUGAAGGCCAAAGAAAUUCAGUUUUUAGUAACAAAGGGUUCAAAAAUGUUUAGUUUUUAUAUAUAGACAAAACUCUGAAACAUUUCAAGUUGGAUAUUUUUAUUUGAAAGUAGGUUUUUCUAAAACAGAAACGUGAUUCUUGCAGCUUUUUCCUCGUUCCUCCGCUUUAACGAGCCUUUAUCUGACCAGGAAAAGCCUCCUUCAGUCCAGUCUCAUUCUGAGGGGGGUCCUGGUCCAGACAGCGGGGCCGAACCUUUCAGCACAUCCUUUUAGGGGUCACCUGAGCUUUCACUGAUCCCUGUAUUUGACCGGGCUGGGGACCGGCACAGGGAGACCCAGACUUGAGCCCCCUCCCCGUGGCUACAUAGUGAGGCAGGGAAGAUUCUUCACGCUGGAUGAAUCAUUGUGAACAAUUCAAAGAUUAAAACAUUUACAGAGUCCAGAUCACAUUCCCAGGCCUUUGAGCAAACGUUUAAACAGAUUUUCCUUUUGUAAAAGGUGUGUGUGACCCAAAGGCCACCCUUCCAGCCUCUGUGAGAACACUCUAGGACUGCAGUGGGCUGCUGUGGACCUCUCCUCAGGAGCUGGAGCUCACAGGGAGCAAAACCUGUCCACGUCGUCUUUGACGGAUCAUGUCUUUACUCUACAUGUUUGCAUGAAAUCCAGAUUAUUCAGACGGUGACCUUAAUAUGAUCGGAUAAUACGCAAACUUGGAGAUUUCAAUAUUUGACGGUUGUGAUGUAGUUUAGGGUAAAUGUCUGGUUGGUGGUGUCAUGAGGAACUGUUCUGGUUCUGGUUACCUGGUGAGUCAGAGCAGGCAGGUGUUCUUAUGAUGUCAUCGUCGCAGCUCUUUAGGAAACGUUCAUAAUUCUCACCAUUUUCAGACCAAACACAGCGCGGCCACAUCUUUUCCUAUCACUCAUUUCUGCAAAUUUACCCACAAACCUUAUCAAGCCGUCCCUCCCCGUCUCCAUCUGUCGUGGAUUUGUCCCUCUAUAAAGUCCUCCCUUCAGCUGGACCGCAUCUUCAGACGCUGCUCUCCUCCCUAAUCGUCUGUUCUCACGGUCAGCCGCUGACAUCACACCUGAGCCCCCCACCAGGUCUAACCUCAGACAUCUUUAAAGGAAGCCUGAAGGAGAAACUGAACUUUGAGGGAACCAUGAAGAUCCAGGUCAUCUCUGUGCUGCUGCUUCUCUCUGCUGAACACAUCUUCGGACACAACUUUUUUGAGAAACACGUCGUAAAAGAAUGGAACGGGAAUUGUGACGAGAAAAUGAAAGCCAUCAAUGAACCUUUACAUAAAUGUAAAGAUAAAAAUACGUUUAUUGUUGAUCCAAGUCACUCGUUACAUGAAAUCUGUGAUGGCAAGAAAGACCAAGAGCCUGCUACAUCGAAAGACCCGUUUGUCACACACCUUUGUGAACUAAAAGACAAUAACUUCCCAGUAUGCACCUACACAGAGACAGGAGGAAAAUCAAUCAAAAUUGAUGUUGUGUGUGGUCAAAAAAUUGAACCUGUGCAUUAUGGGAAGCCUUAUAGCAAGAAGACUUCCGGUAAAAAGAAAAAUUAAGUUUCUCAUUCUGAAGGGGAAACCUUUCUUAUUUUACGAUUUUCAGCUUUGACUGCAGAUAGACUGAGAGAAAACUUUCUGAAAGUGUAACUGCAUCUAUAAUUUAGUGCACGUGUUCUGGUAGAAGCUUUCCCGCCAACAGCAUUGAAUCUUCUAUGAUGCAGUUCUUCUGAGAAUUCCUGCUAAAAGAUAAAAAAUGUUUCACAGUUUCAAGUACAGAAUUGAAUUUGAAUGUUUAAACUGGACUAAAUUUAUUUUUUUUUUUAAACAGCCAAUGAUAAAUGAUUUUCUCUGCUUUGCACCUGCUGCUUCCUUUCUUGUUUUUUUCAAAAUAAAAUGCUCUUUGAGUCUC